UUACGAGUCAGUCUGUGGGAUUCCUCGUCACUUGCCUUUACAGCCCUUCUCUCCAUUGGGACUGUCGCGGGACAGAUCCCAGAGCAUGCCCCUCCACUGGCAGGGGGUUCCAUCCAUCCACUCCAGCCCGGCUUCGCUGGCCGGGUCCAGCCUCUCCUUAAGAGCACCUUCCCGUACUGAGUCUAUCCAGUCUCUGGACUCACUGGACGGUCCUGAUCCCUUCGACCCACCAGGAGACCAGGCUGUAAACUUUCUGCUGAAGGAGCUGAGGAGUAUUGAAGGUAGACCGGUCAGUUCACCCUCAGGAAGCAGGAUCCCAGUUCUGGAGAGAAAGUUUGCUGGAGAAGUCGAAGGAUUGUCAACGCCCAAAGUAAACAGAGCGCUGAACUUCGGGGACGCUGAGAACGGGAGGGACGAGGUGGAUGGAGAGGAUGGAGAUGUUCUGACAGAGCUGAGGGAAGAGUACAUGCCUCUUCAUCGAGAGAGCGCCACUACCAGGGUUCCCGGUGCCUUGAAGCACCUACGGGCCCAACUGGACCAGGCUGCGUCUCGAAUCAGAACUCUGGAGGCUGAGCUGAAGCGAGGAGGCCGACCAGCUGAAGUAAACGGAUCAGAGGAACCGACCUUUGAGGACGGCGGCAGCUUCGUGCUGCAGAGCUUCGGUCACUCCCUGCAGAGCCGGGAGCGUCUGAUCCAGGAGUGUUUGGUUCUGAUCCGAGGACUCUGUGUGCAGGAAGGAGCUGGAACCGAGCUGAGCAACAAACUGACUGAAAGUCUGAAGGAGAUUCUGUCCGACAACAAGGCUGCUCUGGAGACUCUGAGGUCUGAAACGACAGAGAAACAGAAGAACUUGGAGGAAGAGGUUGAUGCUCUGAGGAAGGCCGGACGAGACCGGGAGAAAGACCUGGACACGCUCAGCGCGGUGCUGCAGUGCAACCAAGACCUGAUCAACGAUCUGCGAGGAGCUCUGGAGGAGAAGCAGUAUCUCCUGAAGGAGGUGGACAAGGAGCAAGAGCUGUGGCGACGGAGAGAUGGAGCCCUCGCUGCCGUCCUGAAGGAGAAGGAGGUUCUGAUCCAGAACCUCAAACAGCAGCUGCAGGCUCUCUCCAGCUCUGCGAUUGGUCCGCAGUUGUCAGGGGGCGGGGCUGAACUGACGGAAAAUGGCGCCAUCUUGUGUCAGGAGGUGACCAAACUGACGGCAGCCCUGCAGGAGAGUCAGAAGGAGCUGCAGGCGGAGCGGGACAGGCACAGCCGGGAGGUUUCCUCUCUGAUGGACCGGCUCAGGGGCCUUCAGCAGGAGCUGAGGGAGGUGCAGAAGGAGAGGAAGGAGGCGGAGAGAGCCCAGCAGAACCAGCGAGAGGACCGAGAGCGAGAGGAGAGGAGGCUGAGGGACAACCUGAUGAAGAGGGACAAACUCAUCGAGCAGGUCCUUGUGGACGCCGAGCAGCGGGACCAUCUGUUCAGAGAGCUGCAGCAGAACCUGCAGAACAGACGGGAACCUGUGACGGCCGUCAAACACACACUGUGACAUCACAGGAGAUGGACCAAUGAGACGCCGCCGCCAUGCUGUGAUGUCAGAGACGCCACCACACAGAGACGGAGAGACAAUUUCUGUCUUCGUUGGUUGUUUUCCAGACAUUUCUGGAUGUUCAGGACCUUCAAAGCACAAGAUGUUGGAUUUAAUUAGUAUUUAAUGAGUUUAAGUUUGAAGGGGUCUCAUUUCUUAAUGUUUAAUUAUUUAAUAAACGAUUUAUUCA